AUGAGGAGGGAGAACCAGAGCAAGGUGUCCCAGUUCCUCCACCUGGGGCUCCCCAUCAGGCCGGAGCAGCAGGGCGUGAUCUUCACCCUUUUCCUGGGCAUGUACCUGACCACGGUGCUGGGGAACCUGCUCAUCGUCCUGCUCAUCAGGCUGGACUCUCGCCUCCACACCCCCAUGUACUUCUUCCUCAGCCACCUGGCCCUCACUGAUGUCUCUGUCUCAUCAGUCACUGUCCCUAAGAUGUUGAUGGACAUGCAGACUAAGUACAGGGUGAUACCCUAUGUCGGGUGCAUUUCUCAGAUGUAUUUUUUCAUACUGUUUGGCUGUCUUGACAAUUUCCUCCUUGCAGUGAUGGCAUAUGACAGGUAUGUGGCCAUCUGUCACCCACUCCAUUACAUCUCUGUCAUGAGGGAGGAGCUGUGUGUCUUAUUAGUAGCUGGGUCCUGGUUCCUCUGUUGUGUCCAUGCCCUGUUGCACACCCUUCUUCUGGUACAGCUAUCCUUCUGUGCUGACAAUACCAUCCCUCACUUCUUCUGUGACGUCACUGCCCUCCUGAAGCUGAGCUGCUCAGACACCUCCCUCAAUGAGCUGGUCAUCUUCACCGAGGGAGGAAUGCUUUUAAUCCUGCCUUUAAGUAGUAUCUUGUGCUCUUAUAUCCGAAUAGUAACCACUGUCCUGAGGGUCCCCUCAACGAAAAGGUUCUUUAAAACCUUUUCUACCUGUGGAUCCCAUCUAUUUGUCGUGUCUUUAUACUAUGGGACACUUGCAGGUGUCUACAUUUUCUCUUCAUCAUGGAACUCCAAUGACAAGGACAUAAUUGCUUCUGUCAUCUAUACAGUAGUUACCCCCAUGCUGAACCCGUUCAUCUACAGCCUGAGGAACAGAGAUAUAAAACAGGCAUUAGAAAUAUUUGUCAAUAACGCUAACUUCUUUAAGUGA